AUGCCGGGACUGAUGAACCGCUUCACCGGGGCCCCUGCCCCUGACAACCUCAGAGAUCAGCGCCUGUGUCAGCGGCUACGCCCUGGGGAUGACGGCGUCACUUACCUACAGCAACCCUGACAGCCAGUCAGCGGAAGCUCUGUUCGUCUUCCCCUCUGAACGAACACACGGUGGUGGUGGGAUUUGAGGCCGUCAUCUGCAGACGAAUCAUCACCGUCCAGAUCAAGGACAAGGCCAAGAUGGACGAAUCGUACUACGACUACUGCAGCAUGUCCAGCGGGAGGCUGCUGGAGGGCAAAUGGGCGGAUUCUGCUGGACGAAGACCUGGAAAGGAUAAUUUUUGUGGCCAAUCUGGGGGUGGUGCCGGCUCAGGAGAGCGUGUCUGUGCUGAUCAGUACAUCCUCGGAGCUGCCCACACUCUCCAGCGGGGCUGUCAGGGUCCUGGUCCCCCCCGUCUGCGUUCCCAGGGUGACGCAAAGCACCUCUGACAGCGCCUUAGCCGCCGUGACCCCAUUGAGAUUGAGGGAGGUUGGUCUGGCCGGAGGCACCAAGAAGCUCUGCCUGGCAACUUUAUUGGAGACAGAAGCGGUGAACACCAUCGAGUAUGAACUCACCUUCCACCUGGAGAUCCGAGCUCCGUACCUCCUGGCGGGUGUGGAGAGUCCCACCCAUGAGAUCCGCGCCGACGCUGACCCCCUCUGCUCCUUCCGCCAAGAGCAUCAUGAUCACCCUGGCCAACAAGCACACCUAUGACCGUCCAGUGGAAAUCCUCAUCCACCCCAGCGAGCCUCACCUACCGCACAUCCUGAUGGAGGAGGGCGACAUGACCCCCUAUGAGUACGAGCAAUUCCUCAGAGGGAAGAGCGACUUCAUCCGAGGAACCAAAAAGGAUCCCAGUGCAGAGAAAAAAAAGACGGAGAUCAUCCGCAAGCGCCUGAUCAAGGAUAUCUGUCACAACCCCGUGGUGAUGUUAAACUUCUGCCCGAACCUUCAGACGCCGCAUACCGACCUCAGCAAAACGCAGGGAGAGUUCAUCUUCCUUAUCGACCGCAGCGGCAGCAUGAGCGGCGUUAACAUCGCCAGGGUCAGGGACGCCAUGCUGGUCAUUCUGAAGAGUCUCAUGCCGACUUCCCUCUUCAACAUCAUUGGAUUUGGAUCGACAUUCAAGUCUCUGUUCCCCAGCAGCCAGAGCUACAAUGAGGAAAGUCUGGCCAUCGCCUGCGAAAGUGUCAAGAAGCUGCGGGCCGACAUGGGCGGGACCAACAUCUUAUCUCCUCUGAAUUGGAUCCUCAGACAGCCGGUGUGUCGGGGUUACCCGCGUCUCCUCUUCCUGCUCACCGAUGGCGCCGUCAGCAACACGGGGAAGGUCAUCGAGCUGAUCCGCCACCAUUCCUCCUUCACCCGAUGCUACAGCUUCGGGAUUGGUCAGAACGCCUGCCGCCGACUGGUACAGGGCGUGGCCAGCGUGUCCAAAGGGAGCGCCGAGUUCCUGGUGGAAGGGGAGAGGCUACAGCCGAAGAUGUUGCAGUCCCUGAAGAAGUCGAUGGCUCCGGUCCUCAGUGACGUCACCGUAGAAUGGGUUUUCCCAGAAUGCACCGAGGUGCUCAUCUCUCCGGUCAGUUCCAGCUUCCUGUUCCCGGGGGACCGGCUGGUGGGCUACGGCGUUGUGUGCAACACCUCGCGCUACCUCUCCAAUCCGCGCACCGACAAGAGGCGGAGAUACAGCAUGAUGCGCUCCCAGGAAUCGGGAAGUUCCGUCUUCUUCCAGUCGCAGGAUUCGUCCGGGAGUAGCGGGUCGAGGGGCCACCAAGAUGGGUGGACUUCCGUCAGAACACAGCACGGAAUUCCUGAACGCUAAAGAAGACCUGUCUGGAGAACACGACGGUGCCUCUGAUUGCAGCUUCCAGCGCCGGGCGUACAGCACCAGCCAGAUUGCUGAUCACCAGCCCAUGCCAAGAGUCCACACCGCCAGCGACCCCAGCUCCGUCCAGGAGAAGAGCCCACCCUGCCGGAUACAGAUCACGGACAAUGCAGACCUUCAGGAGUCACAGUCCUCUUUGUCCGUCAGUCCGUUUGUCAGCACCACAAAGAUUAGGGGUGCCGGCGCCCGGCGUCCGUCUCUGCUUCAGCAAAGCUGCCUGUCAUUCUGCCAUGAUGGGGAGUGCCCACUGACCCCCGAGGCGGUAAAACCAUUCAACACAGGAAGCCCCUCCACCCAGCAUGAGACCUCCCUCUCUCUGAAAUCCUCUUCCGACAGCCAGCCGUUCAGCAGCCCGGGCGAUCUGGAUUGCCACCACCCUUGCUUCACCUUCGAGACGGAAAUGGCCUCCGAGUCUAUAAGCCAAGACCUGGUGCCUGGGAACCGCAGCCCGGCCACCCACCCCCCGUCCGCCUGCAAAGCUGUGGUCAGGGGCCUAAGGGGCAACCAGCCAGUCCAGUGGGAGAUCGCCUUCGACGUCCAUGAGCUCUUCAGAGAGCGCGAAAACCGAGACGACGACGAGAGCGACUUGUGGAACGAGACCUUCCACCACCUGGCCGCCAAAUCCAUCAUCCGAGAUUUCGAGCAGCUGGCGGAGAGGGAGAGCGAGAUCGAACACGGAAUUGGGCGAAGAUUCCAGCUGAACGCCAUCAACGCCAGCAAAGCCUGCAACGUCAUCAGCAAGUACACGGCUUUCGUCCCCGUCGACCUGAGCAGCAACUCGUACCUGCCCAGCGUUGUGGAGUACGCCAACACAGGUGCCGCACUUAAGCAGGGUUCCCAGAGGAGCCUGAGCUCCGGAAGUCGCCGCCUACGAGGAUUCUCCAUCGGCCUCGGGCGCUCCCAGUCGACAUGUGUGUCGGAACCAACGGAGGAACGAUUUUUCAAUGUGGAUGAGACCGCGACCUCGCCCUGCACAACGCCCAUUUCCUCCGGAUGGGAGCGAUGCAGCUUUCCACAAGGUGCCCCACGUAGUCCUUCCGUUUCCUCCUCCCAUUCUCAGAGGUCCAUAGAAAGUCUCUUUGCUGCCAGGCUGUCUCUGAACAAGACCCGUCUCCUGACCCGCGCAGCAAAGGGAUUUAUGAUCAAAUCUCCAGGGAAAGGCAGCGAGGAGAGUGAGAACGAGAAGAACAUCGAUUAUUUACCUCUGGUCACUCUGCAGUUGGCUUGUGGAGGCUUCCUGCUCAACCAGGCCUUUGCUGAUGCUGCAAAUAUCCCAAUGGACAAACUCAAGUGGACGUCCCCUUUCAGCAGUCACCGCGCUGCCCUAAGCCCGAUGUCUCACGGUUCUCCAUCUCGAAAGGACACCAACCCUCCUGCGGGCACAUGCCAGCUGCUGCCGCCGGAAGAUGACCUCCAUGCCACAGUGAACGGGUUCGGAGAGGAUGUCGGCCAACAAACGAGAACGCGGCACUUAUCAAGCAGUGCCUUGGAUAGCCCUUCUCGCUCUUCAAAGAUGAACAAUGAACUGUCCCUCCCCGUCCUCCCUAUCCGUCGGUUCUCUUCUCCCGAUAGUGUGCAGGACACCUCCUCUAUCCACACAGACAGCGGUUUGGGGUCAGAGUCUGACGGCACCGAGGUGCAGUCGUGGAUGGAGAGCAUAGAGGAGCAACGCAAGUCGCAUCCAGAAAGCAUGAUCUGGGCUACUGCCGUGGCCCUGGCCUGGAUGGAGAAUAACUCCGCAGCCUAUUUCACAGAGUGGGAGCUUCUAGCCUCCAAAGCUGACAGGUGGUUGUGUAAGCAGCAGAUCCCAGAGGGACGCACCUUGGCCACGGUCAAAUCCGCGGCUCAGCAGCUCUUUGUCUUGCUCCGGCACUGGGACGAGAACCUGCAGUUCAAUGUCCUGUGCUACAAUCCCAGCAGUGUGUAG